GGAAUUUGGCCAGAAUUCUGGUUUUGUACUCAGAAGAAAGCUCAAAAAGCAAAGAGUCAGGAGGAGUUCAGAUGGUUGUGUUGGAACCGCUUCAAGGAGGAGAGAACCAGCUCUAAUCGGAUUGGCCACGCAACCUGACAGCUCGAAGGAGUUCAGUGGGAAGUCUGCCUCACAGCUUCUUCUUGCAACAUGGACUGGUUUCAUUGCAACCGGUGUUUUGUCCAAGAAGGAACUGAUUUUUGUCUUACCAGCUGUGGACACAUAUUUUGCAAGAAAUGUGCUGGCACAGAUAAAUGCCCAUCUUGUGGAACAAGCUGCAAAUAUUUGCUUCUCAACGAUAAUAUGAAACCAGAAGAAAAAAAGUUUUUCAGAAGCCCUGUUGAAAUUGCACUGAAAUACAUUGCCAAUAUUUCUCAGGUGUGGACAUUCCAGAAGGGCCAGAUGGAGCUACUGGUCUCUUUCUACAAAAACAAUGCUUCUAAAAUGGAGGGAGCCCUGCAACAAGCUCAUGAGAAACUAACUACUCAGGAAAAGGAACUGGAGGCAAUAAGAAAAGAGAAUAAGGAACUGAAGAGGAUGUACCUAAACUUCAGGAAGGCUUCUCCAAGGUACCACCAGGGAAACCGAAACAGUACCCCAAGGCCAGUUGCCGUCACCACCCCAUCACAGUCAGUUACACCGUGGCUUAGCUUCCAGCACUCCAGUGAAGUGGUCAGCCGCUCUUCUUCGACGGACUCUCUCCCCUCAAGAGUGACCCACCCGUCAGCUUUCCAACAUGCUGCAGGAGCCGUCCAGAUUACUCCCAGCAUGAUGACCCCAGCUGACUCCGGUAUUGAUGCUGCCUUCACUAUGAAAGAGACAAUGUUGUACUCAUUUCCACUAAUAACCAUCCCUUUUCUCCUUUCCUCAUUACCAUCCAUCAGGGCUUCUUCCUCUACUCACACCCCUAGCUUGAAUGUCUUUAACCUACAGCCCCCCUUGAUGAGGCAAAGUCAGAAUGCAAGCUACAAUGGACAGCCACAGGAGACUCCAGCUGUCAGCUUUAACAUAUUCACUGACCACAUGGAGAGGGCCCAUAUGCCAGAAUAUCACAGCACUGAGAGGCUGCAGCCCAUGCAGCUGAGAUUCACUCCUCACUCUACCCCAUUUUAUCAGAGCAGGCCCCACUCAGCCAGCAGAGUCUACCAGCAAUAAUGGGGAGCACAUCAUGGCUUGCCAGCUCUCUCUAGUCUGCACUGGUGAAUGUCCACACAAACUCUUAAAUU